AUGGCAUUCCUCCAAGUUGGAUUCUAUGAAUCCACGUGCCCAAGUGCAGAGUCCACAGUGGAGAGUGUAGUGCAGAAGCGAUUCGAACAAGACAAGUCCAUAACAGCAUCCUUACUUCGCAUGCAAUUCCAUGAUUGCUUUGUGAGAGGUUGUGAUGCAUCUAUACUCAUAGACUCCACUAAGAACAACACAGCAGAGAAAGACGCAUCUCCGAACGCUAGCGUUCGAGGGUAUGAUCUGAUUGAUGAGGUCAAGAAAAGCCUCGAAGCUACACGUCCUUCAAUUGUGUCAUGUGCUGAUAUCAUAACAUUAGCAACCAGAGAUGCUGUUGCUUUAUCUGGAGGAGCCAAAUACGUUGUUCCCACAGGAAGACGUGAUGGAUUAACCUCUACAAGUACUGAAGUUGAUUUGCCCGGACCCUCCACUCCUGUGCCAAUAGCAUCACAAAUAUUUGCAAAAAAAGGCAUAACAACAGAAGAAAUGGUGACCCUUUUGGGUGCACAUACAGUUAUACAUCAUUUUGAUGUAUUGAGGGGUUCUGCUCUAUAA